AUGGCUGAGCAUUUAUCAAAGAACCUCCUCUUCCUCAUUUUCUUUAUAGCAGGUCAUGCUAAUGAUGCAGCAACUCAACCCGCCAAACACUGCCUAACCAAAUGCGGCCACGUCAGCAUUCCCUUCCCGUUUGGCACCACAACGGAUUGCUCCCUUGACACCAAUUUUCUCAUAAAUUGCACCAACAAUGUCCCAUACUUAUUGCCCUUAUCAAACGACACCGCCCUAAUUCUCCUAAGCAUAUCCCUCGUCGAUUCCGAUCUCCGCGUUUCGUCGCCGGUAGCUAGCGAUUGCUAUAGCAUCGACGACCAGGGCAAAAUCAGCAACAUUCAAACCGAUCAGUUUCUUUUCUCCGGAAACUUUAGCAUCUCGUGGACCCGAAACACCUUCACCGCAAUUGGUUGUAACACACUUGGAGUAGUUGUGGCGUUUACACUGGAAGAUCCGAGACGUUAUCCCGCAACAUGCUUUUCCUACUGCGAGAAACUUGAACAUGCGAGUAAUGGCUCCUGCACCGGCAGCGGUUGUUGCCGUAUUAGUAUUCCCCGCGCCGCAGAAGGGCGGUUAUUAACGUUGAUCGGUUAUUAUUUUGAGAACAAUGACUUUAACAACAGCCAAGUGAGGGACUUCAACCCAUGCAGUUAUGCGUUCUUGGUGGAAGAAGGUGGCUAUGAAUUUCAGACGACACACCUGAAGAAGCUGGAGAGUACUGAGUUUCCGGUGGUUCUGGAUUGGAGUAUAGGGGACCAAACGUGUAUUGAAGCUAUGAAGAAUCCUUCCAGCUUUGCGUGUAAGGCAGAGAACAGCACGUGUCACGAUUCUGAUAAGCGUCCUGGUUAUGUUUGCAAAUGCCCCUCUGGUUUUCAGGGUAACCCUUAUCUCCUUCAUGGUUGUCAACAAGAUAUUGAUGAAUGCGCUGGACCCAAUGAUUGCUUCCAUGAAGCAAAAUGCGAGAACACACCUGGCAGCUACAACUGUUUGUGUCCGGAAGGAUUUGAAGGAGACGGGAAAAACAAUGGAACUCGAUGUAAUAGUCCCAAGUCCAGUUAUAGGACAAACAACACUUUGAUUUAUUCAUUAUGUUUGGGCAUCAGCAUAGGCAUCUUAGCGUUAGUUGUGGCAAGCUUUUAUGUGCAUUGGAAAGUGAACAAAAGAAAGCUCAUCAAACUUAAAGAACAGUAUUUUCAACAAAAUGGCGGUUUCUUGUUGCAAGAACAUAUAUCCAAACAUAGAAACUCAAGCCAAAUAGCCAAAGUCUUCACUAUUGAGGAACUAAGAAAAGCAACCAACAACUUUGAUGCAUGCAAAAUCCUAGGCCAAGGGGGCCAAGGAACAGUUUACAAAGGAGUAUUAUCAGACAAUAAAGCCGUAGCAAUAAAGAAGUCCAAAAUUAGUAGCCCAAGCCAAAUUAAUAAGGACUUCAUCAAUGAAUUAGUUGUACUCUCACAAAUCAACCAUAGAAAUGUUGUUAAGCUCUUGGGUUGUUGUUUAGAAACAGAAAUUCCCUUGCUUGUUUACGAAUUCAUUCCCAAUGGUACUGUUUUUGAGCAUCUUCAUGGUCAUGGAACAUUUCUAAGACUUACAUGGAAAACAAGAUUGAGAAUAGCUGCUGAAACUGCUGGGGCUUUAGCUUACUUGCAUUUGGAUACUUGUAUCCCCAUAAUUCAUAGAGAUGUGAAAACUAGCAAUAUUCUACUUGAUCAUGAUCUCACUGCAAAGGUUUCUGAUUUCGGAGCUUCAAGGAUUGUUCCUCAAGAUAAAAUUGAGUUAGCUACUUUGGUGCAAGGAACAUGUGGGUAUCUUGAUCCAGAAACCUUCCUCACAAGCCAAUUAACGGAUAAGAGUGAUGUUUAUAGUUUCGGAGUUGUUCUUGCGGAAUUAUUUACAGGAAGAAAAGCUCUCUCUUUCGACAUGCCGGAUGCUGAGAAAAACCUUGCAAUGUUCUUUGUAACUUCAAUGGAAGAGAAUCGUUUGCUUGAUAUUGUAGACAAGAGCAUAAUAAAUGAAGCAAAGGUUGAGCAUGUAUAUGAAUUUGCCAAGAUUGCAAAACAAUGUUUAAGCUCGAAAGGAGAAGAAAGGCCUACAAUGAAAGCAGUGGCAAUGGAACUUGAGGGGCUUAGAGCUGAGGAAAAACAUAUAUGGUGCCGGGAGAAGGAGGAAUUUCCAUCUGAAGAAACUGAAAUCCUUCUCAAAACAUCACCUUCUAUUAGCAAUAAUCUUGAAGAAGAAUACUUUAUGCUUUUGGACCGAAUUUAG